CAACAAGGCAAUCCAACCCGUUGGGCGAGGAACUUCCCAUCUCCCUAGCACAGACAGACCCCAAUGCUCGCCAUCCGUCGUCUUGCCAUCCAUGCGUCCAAGCAAGGGCCACCACUCCGUCACAUGAGUGCGCUGUCGUACUCGCAGUUGUCGGAGGAACAUCAAAUGCUGCGCGAGAGCGUGCGUUCAUUCGCCGACAAAGAGUUGGCACCCAAUGCUGGGAAAUGGGAUCGCGACCAUGAGUACCCCGCCGCUGCCGUGAAAGCCAUGGCGGAUAUGGGCUUGAUGGGCGUGUUCGUGUCGGAUACCCAUGGUGGCACCGGGUUGGACUACCUUGCGUAUGCAAUCGCAAUGGAAGAAAUCAGUCGUGGAUGUGCUUCCACGGGGGUCAUCAUGUCGGUGAACAACUCGUUGUACUGCGCACCGGUCGACAAGUAUGCCACCGAGGAACAAAAGGCCACGCACUUGGCCCCGUUUGCGUCAGGUGAAAAGCUAGGCUGCUUUGGGCUCAGCGAGCCUGGAAAUGGGAGCGACGCUGGCGCCGCCGCCACGACCGCCCGCAAGUCGGACUCGUCGUACAUUCUCAAUGGCACCAAGAUGUGGAUCACCAACGCACACGAAGCCGACCAGGCCAUCAUCUUUGCCACAACGGACAAAUCCAAAGGCCACAAAGGGAUCAGUGCCUUUCUCGUCGACAUGAAGCUCAUCGCAUUGGGCAAGAAGGAGGACAAGCUCGGCAUCCGCGCGUCGUCCACGGCGCAGUUGAUUCUGGAAAAUGUGGAAAUUCCGCAUGCGAAUUUGCUCGGCAAGGAAGGCGAAGGGUUCAAGAUCGCCAUGACUACGUUGGAUGGCGGGCGCAUUGGAAUUGCAUCGCAAGCUCUGGGGAUUGCGCAGGCGUCGUUGGAUUGUGCGAUCGCCUACGCCCACGACCGCAAAACGUUUGGCCAACCACUGGCCAAGAACCCGAUCAUUCAGACCAAACUCGCCCGCAUGGCGAUGGAGCUCGACGCGGCGCGACUGCUGACGUGGCGCGCGUGCGAACUCAAGGACGCGGGCGUCGAGUUCUCCAAGGAAGCGGCCAUGGCCAAGCUCAAGGCGUCCGAAGUGGCCACGUACAACUCGCACCAAGCGAUUCAAAUCCUCGGGGGCAUGGGGUAUGUGUCGGACAUGCCGGCGGAGAGACACUACCGCGACGCGCGCAUUACAGAAAUCUACGAAGGCACGUCAGAGAUUCAGCACUUGGUCAUUGCCGGCGCCCUGAACAAGGAGUACGCAAAGAGUCAUUAGAUGCGUUAGACGAUAACAUCGAUCUUCCCAUGUUUAAAAAGUUCGUGUGCU